CCCCCGGCCCAGGUGUGCGGCGACGGAGGGGUGCCCGCGCUCGGCGCUCAGCCUGCCAUAGCCCGCGGGGGAGGCCGGAGCCAGGGAUCCGGGGAGGCCCGCGUCCCGCCAGGUUUCGCUCUGCGGACGCAGGUGCGGCCGAGCCGCCGUCCUUCCGGGCGCGGGGCGGGGCGCGCACCUCGGGGCGAUCGCGGUGCUCCUUACCUGGGAGGUCUCCUGGCUUAGUUUCGGCCUCGUUGGGGCGGAAUCUCCAAAGACAGUGGGUUUCAGCCAGAAACGCGAAGACGAACGCCUAGCCGGCGCGGGCAGAACCGAGGACACAAUGAGAUUUGUGGGACCGGGCGCCCAGAGGCUGGCGCGGGGGAGACCCCACAGCGAAAAUGCUCGGUACCCCCGGGCAGUCGUGGGUUAGUUAGAACCGCAGAGCCUUUCCCGACCCCUCGGAAGCGCAGAAGUAUCCGAAAUCUACCCGUUUCUUGGGUCCAGCAAAACUUUUAAGCCAGGUGUGAAAAUCACAAAUGUCGUCAAAUGAUGGAAGAUCCAGGAAUCGGGACAGGCGCUACGAUGAGGUCCCAAGCGACCUGCCCUAUCAAGAUAGCACCAUAAGAACCCACCCAACUCUUCAUGACAGUGAGCGGGCAGUGAGCGCUGAUCCCUUGCCACCACCCCCUCUCCCAUUACAGCCACCAUUCGGCCCAGACUUCUACUCAAGUGACACAGAAGAACCAGCUAUAGCGCCAGAUCUCAAACCAGUAAGGCGCUUUGUCCCCGACUCCUGGAAGAACUUUUUCAGAGGGAAGAAAAAGGACCCCGAAUGGGAUAAGCCGGUGUCUGAUAUCAGGUACAUCUCUGAUGGAGUGGAGUGUUCACCACCAGCCUCUCCAGCAAGACCAAACCACCGUUCGCCCCCCAACUCCUGCAAAGAUCCCUACGGAGGGUCAGAAGGAACCUUUAGUUCCCGGAAAGAGGCUGACGCAGUGUUUCCCCGGGAUCCCUAUGGAUCUCUAGACCGACACACACAAACAGUUCGAACAUACAGUGAGAAGGUGGAGGAGUAUAACCUGAGGUACUCCUACAUGAAGUCGUGGGCAGGCCUGCUGAGAAUACUGGGUGUGGUGGAGCUGCUUUUGGGGGCCGGUGUCUUUGCUUGUGUCACAGCUUACAUUCACAAGGACAGUGAGUGGUACAACUUGUUUGGAUAUUCACAACCGUAUGGCAUGGGAGGCGUUGGUGGACUGGGCAGUAUGUAUGGGGGCUAUUACUACACUGGCCCUAAGACCCCUUUUGUACUCGUGGUUGCUGGAUUAGCUUGGAUCACCACCAUUAUUAUUCUGGUUCUUGGCAUGUCCAUGUAUUACCGGACCAUUCUUCUGGACUCUAAUUGGUGGCCCCUAACUGAAUUUGGAAUUAACGUUGCCUUAUUUAUUUUGUAUAUGGCCGCAGCCAUAGUCUAUGUGAAUGAUACCAACCGAGGUGGCCUCUGCUACUAUCCGUUAUUUAAUACACCAGUGAAUGCAGUGUUCUGCCGGGUAGAAGGAGGACAGAUAGCUGCAAUGAUCUUCCUGUUUGUCACCAUGAUAGUUUAUCUCAUUAGUGCUUUGGUUUGCCUAAAGUUAUGGAGGCAUGAGGCAGCUCGGAGACAUAGAGAAUAUAUGGAACAACAGGAGAUAAAUGAGCCAUCAUUGUCAUCGAAAAGGAAAAUGUGUGAAAUGGCCACCAGUGGUGACAGACAAAGAGACUCAGAAGUUAAUUUCAAGGAACUGAGAACAGCAAAAAUGAAACCUGAACUACUGAGUGGACACAUCCCCCCAGGCCACAUUCCUAAACCUAUCGUGAUGCCCGACUAUGUGGCAAAAUACCCUGUGAUUCAGACAGAUGAUGAGCGAGAACGCUAUAAAGCUGUGUUCCAAGACCAGUUUUCAGAGUACAAAGAGCUGUCUGCAGAAGUUCAGGCCGUCCUGAGGAAGUUUGAUGAGCUGGAUGCAGUGAUGAGCAGAUUGCCACAUCAUUCGGAAAGCCAACAGGAACAUGAGAGAAUUUCAAGAAUCCAUGAAGAGUUUAAGAAAAAAAAGAAUGAUCCUACAUUUCUGGAAAAAAAAGAACGCUGUGAUUACCUAAAGAAUAAACUUUCUCACAUAAAGCAAAGAAUUCAAGAAUAUGAUAAAGUAAUGAAUUGGGAUGUACAAGGUUAUUCUUAACCCUUAUUUGAAACCACUUUAUUUUUUUAUUUGUUUUAUUUUUUUGAGAUGAAGUCUCGCUCUGUUACCCAGGCUGGAGUGCAGUGGCACGACCUCGGCUCACUGCAACCUCCACCUCCCGGGUUCAAGCAAUUCUCCUAUUCAAGCAAUUAGCCUCCCCAGUAGCUGGGAUUACAGGCGUGCGCUGCCACACCCAGCUAAUUUUUGUAUUUUUAGUAGAGACGAGGUUUCACCAUGUUAGUCAGGCUGGGAAACUACUUUUUUUAAAAAAUAGCAAGUUUACUAUUUAUUUACUGCCUUUUUAAUGCUAGCCUCUGUGGUAGAGAAGCAAGCGCUUCCCAAAUCAGCUUCCAAUUGGUUUAACCAGUAUGCAACAUUAAAGAUUUUACUCAGACAUUUUUAAACGAAUUCAAAUGUUCUAAGGGCCUUUACUAAGAAUGGAAAAAAAUCCUGUGUUCAUCUUUCUUCUGUGACCAAUUUCAUAUUCAUCUAUCUCAUUUAAAUGUGUCAUCAUUUUAGAGAUCGUAUCCUGGCGGUGUGAUGGGCAAGUGGACCAUCAAUUCUGGUGCUACUUUUUCCUUUUUUACUCAGGCAGGUUCCUAGGAUUUUUCUGGGACAAAUUUCUCUUCCUAGAGAAAUUCCUAGGGGAUUUCUAAAGGAUUUUUCUAAGGGAAAAAGGGUGACAUCUUUCAAAGGUGUCAUUUAUUCCCUUGAAAGGUGUUUGAAUCCCAGAUCAACAUUUUCAGACAUCCUGAUCUUGGGCAAAUUGCUUAAUCUCUCUGUGCCUGUUUCCUCUUCUGUAAAAUGGGGCUAAUAAUAGUCCCUUCCUCAUAGAGUUGUUAGGAUUAAAGGAGUUACUAAUAUGGUAGGAACUAUAUUAGUGUUUAUGAAGUCUACUGAAGUGUUUGUGAAAUGAAUAAAUUAUAAAGAAUGAGUCUCAAGAAAAGGUCCUUAAUGAGCAAGCCCAACCUACUUAACCAAAAGCCCAAGUGUCUGGUGCCUUUCUGUUUUGUGGUGUUAACUCAUGGCCUUAGCCUGGUGCUUCACUGUGGCUCUGUGGCCCCUAGGGUUCCACAUGGCCUCCCUGUCUUUCAUCAGUGUGACUGUACAUCUCUCCAUCUCCCCAUAGUCCAGCCUGCCCUGGACACAUUGAAUUGUAUGAAUGGUAUUGCUUUUUUUUUUUUUUUUUUUUUGAGACAGAGUCUUACUCUGUUGCCCAGACUGGAGUGCAGUGGCGCGAUCUCGGCUCACUGCAAGCUCCGCCUCCCAGGUUCACAUCAUCUUCCUGCCUCAGUCUCCCGAGUAGCUGGGACUACAGGCACCCGCCACCACGCCCAGCUAAUUUUUUUGUAUUUUUAGUAGAGAUGGGGUUUCACCGUGUUAGCCAGGAUGGUCUCGAUCUCCUGACCUCAUGAUCCACCCGCCUCAGCCUCCCAAAGUGUUGGGAUUACAGGCGUGAGCCACCAUGCCCAGCUGGUAUUGCUUUUCUAUCCCCUUUGGACAUAUAUGCUACAGUCCCACAAUGUAGCAUUUCCUUGGAAACUCCCUUUUUUUUUUUUUUUUGAGAUGGAGUUUCUCUCUUGUUGCCCAGGCUGGAGUACAGUGGUAUGAUCUUGGCUCACUGCAGCCUCUGCCUCCUGGGUUCAAGCGAUUCUCCUGCCUCUGCCUCCCAAGUAGCUGGGAUUACAGGCACCCACCACCAGGCCCAGCUAAUUUUUUGUAUUUUUAGUAGAGACAGGAUUUCACUAUGUUGGCCAGGUUGGUCUCGAGCUCCUGACCUCAGAUGAUCCACCAGCCUCGGCCUUCUGAAGUGCUGGGAUUCAGGUGUGAGCCACCGUGCCCAGCAGGGAUGCUUCAUCUUUCUAAGAAUUAUCUUGGCUUUGGACUUUAUUCAUAAAUGUUUUAUUUCUGUUAGUAUGAACAAUAGACUGCCUUAACAAAGUUUUUUUUAAAACAAAAUCGUUCUUGUUGGAUUUUAUUCAGCAGCAUCUAUCAUGUAGAUAAAUUCCCAGGUGUAGUAUUACAGCUUCUGACUAAUAUAGCUGCCAUUCAGACAAUUAAUGUUCAAAGAGUUUUCUAAAGUGAUAAAACCAAAGAAAAGCAUGUGGAAAAGCAGAAGCUUAGAAAGUUGUGGUCACUGAAUGCACUCCCUGGUUUUUAUUUGUCAGUGAAAUCUUUAUGCAUUCAUUGUUAAUAUUUUAAUUCCAUGGCUUCGUAGGCUGUGCUGUGUCUGAAGGGGUAACACCUAGGGAAACAUGAGGCCCCUUAUGGGACCCCCCAAAUGGAACAACUUCACUUUCUCUUUUAUGUAUUGAGCCCUGUGUUAACAUUUCACUUAAGAAGAGCACCAGUGCUUUAAAAAAAAAAAAAAAAAAAGAGGUAAAAUAUUACCAUUUUGAUAGACCGUAAAGAGUUAGAUUCCUGUUGAAGUGUUAAGGAAAUUUAACUUUGUGAAACGUGUAAAACAGUUUAUAAAUGUAGCUAAUCUUUGAAAAACCAAUGCAGUAACACUGAUUUGUAAAUGUUGUGGUCAAUCCCUAGGUGCAUUAAAGUUUCAGUCACCUGCCGUGUGUGUGUGUGCCCUUUUAUGUUUGCCUUCCUAGCAUUCCUGUGUUCACUGUGCAUGUUCUUGAAAAUAUUUUCACUUGUCAGAAAAUAAACUGGAAAGUCAUUG